GGAUUUGUUAAACAUUGCUUUGGGCUUUUUAGUUCUCCUGUUGAGAAUUGUUGAGUAUAUAAAAAGGAGAUAGGAUUUCCAUAACACUGAAGUAGUUUCAAUAUCACAACCUCAUUUUACAUAAGAAAUACGAUCUACGACUGGAAAGCUCGUCAACCCCGCACUCAAAGCUUCAAUCUCUCUCUGUUUGAAAUACUUCAUUCCACUCCCACACAAGUACCCAUAUAUAGAUCUUAUUUAUCUAUCUCACCAUGGAUCCCUCACAAAUAAACAUCCCCCCCAUGAAAGAUCUCACCAUCGACAACAUUACCGAAAACACCAUCCGAAUAAAUUCUCAAGGAAGCGAUGAACGUCUCACAUAUGUUAUGGAAAGACUCGUUACACAUCUCCAUGAUUUUGCCCGUGAAACACGCUUGAGUACUAAAGAAUGGAUGGCCGCAUUAAAUUUCUUGGUGAGGGUUGGUCAGAUAUCUAGUGACGUUAGACAUGAAUACAUCCUUCUAUCAGAUAUCCUCGGACUCUCUCUCCUAGUCGACGCCAUAGACCAUCCCAAGCCCGCAUCUUCAACCGAAGGAAGCGUCCUCGGUCCCUUCCACACCCACGAUGCAGAAGUAAUGGCAUCAGGCGACAAGAUGUGUUCCGAUCCGCAAGGCGAUCCAUGCAUCGUUCUCUGCACCAUCAAAGACGUCUCCGGAGCUCCCAUUUCGGAUGUCAAAAUCGAUAUCUGGGAGACAGAUUCCACAGGCCACUAUGAUGUCCAACACGACGUCCGCAACGGGCCCGAUGGAAGAUGCGUGAUGAAAAGUGAUUCGAAUGGAGAAUUCUGGUUCAAGGCAAUCGUGCCUGUUCCCUAUCCCAUCCCGCAUGAUGGGCCUGUGGGCCAGCUUUUGAAAUUGUUGAAGAGACAUCCGUGGAGACCGGCUCACAUGCAUUUUAUGUUUGAAAAGCCUGGUUGGGAUCAUCUUAUUACUGCAUUAUAUCUCCGAGGCGAUCCAUACGAAUCAUCAGACGCAGUGUUCGGAGUAAAACAAUCACUGAUCGUUGAUUUCGAACCCGCAACCGCCGAGAUCGCGAAGAAGUAUUCAGUUCCCGAAGGAUCAAAAGUCUUGAAACAUGAUUUUGUUUUAGUAAGCGAGAAAGAGACGGAAGAGUUGAGAGAUCGAAAUGCCUUGAAGGCUUUGAAGGAUUUGGGCAUGAAAGUAAAGUUGUUGGAUCAUUUGCCCGUGCCGGACCUGGAUUGAUUUAUUGUCAAGGGGGGUUACGGCUAAGCUAUGUGAUGAGAGAGAGUAAUGAGGAAAGGAAUGUCACAUUUCUUAAGGGGCUCUAGCUCGUUCUUGUUGAUGAAAGAUAUGAAUAUACGAUUUUGAUAUGUCUGAGCUUGGCUGUGAUUGCUUUCUAUUUGAUUACUGACAUGAUUGUCAUGGACUGGAACUUUGACUCGAGGAGAUGCGAAAGGUUACUGGAAGUUUGUAUCGCCGUCCAAAUGACAAGAACCACGAAGCCGUGUUUGAAAUCACGAAGCAGCCAAUUUCAUAAGAAACGAGGUCUUCCCA